AUGCUCGCCUCUAUCAUAUCCCUCGCCAAGCGCAUCAAUGUCCCGGUGACAGCAUCGACAACUGCGGCCGAGGCCGCUGAGAUGCGACGAGACCCAUGGUCCAAAUCAGCAAAAUAUGGAGUGGGAUUCGUGUAUUUUGCUGUCGUCCUUCUUGUUAUAGCUACUUUCAUCCGAUGCUGGCACAAAUGGGGCGAUAAGAUGCGGAUUGCGCAUUAUAAAGAGAACCGACCCGAAAUAUACCGCGAUGACUCGGUGCCAGAUGAGUACGAAUUACCAAGCGCAGGCACCGAUGCCUCCAAUGCCCAUUUCUUCCCAUCGCCGACCGUCACAUCCCCAGUAAAGAGAAAUGAGUCAAUUCUUGCUAGGAUCGCCCCUUUGAACAAGACGAUUGCUUUCAUGCGGUGGAUCUUCUAUCGACCAAUCCCUACUUUGAAAAUCGGCAGCUUGGAGGUCGUUUUCCCGUCUUUGGCAGUUACGGUGAUCGUACUGGUUGCAUUGAUCUUCGUCACAUUAUAUUGCUUUGUGCCCCAGCCCUUGUACUACUGGUCAAUUGCACUCGGCUCUCCACCUCUGGCUAUCCGAGCGGGAAUGCUCGCAGUGGCCAUGAUACCUUGGAUUGUCGCUCUCAGCACGAAGGCAAACUUCAUCACAUUGAUGACUGGCUUGGGCCCCGAGCGAUUGAAUGGACUUCAUCGUUGGUCGGCAUACAUCUGCCUCUUCCUCAGUCUGGUACACAUGAUUCCCUUCUACAUCACUCCAAUUUGGGAACACGGUGCUCUCGUCAACUACCGUUUGGGUAUUCCACCCCAUGCUUAUGUAUACGGAACCGGUAUUGCGGCUCUAGUGCCUUUACUCGUUCUGUGCAUACAUUCGCUUCCGAUAUUCCGUAAAUGGAUGUAUGAACUUUUUGUCUUCGUGCACAUUCCAGUGUCGUGGAUUUUUGUGGCAAUGCUGUUCUGGCACACAAGGAACUAUUUGCAAUCCUGGGCCUAUCUGUUCACGACUAUUGCUAUUUGGAUUAUCUCCUACGCCGUUCGCCUAUUCUACCUGAACUGGACGAAUCCUCUGCGCACAUCAUCCUUCCUGAUUGGAGAAGAGUCGGCAUUAACCCUUCUCCCCCAAAAUGCAAUUAAAGUCACGAUUCCUACGAAGAUGCGCUGGCGACCUGGCCAGUACGUCUACCUCCGACUGCCAAGGAUUUCUGUGGUCCAAAGCCAUCCUUUCACAAUCGCCUCGCUUUGCAGUGAGGACUUUCCGUCUGCAUAUGGCGAGAAGUACCGUGAUAUGACGCUGGUCUUCCGUCCGUUCCAAGGAUUCACUCGUGAGGUUUUCCAAAAAGCCCUGGAACAUGGACCGUACAAGACCUACAGCGCAUUCGUAGAAGGGCCCUACGGUGGUAUGCAGCGUGAGAUGGCUGCCUUUGACGAUGUGGUCUUCUUUGCCGGAGGCAGUGGCAUCACAGCUAUCGCAAGUCAAUUGCUAGACCUGAUCAAGAAAAUCAGAGAUGGAAAGGCCAUCACCAAGUCCGUUCGAGUCAUUUGGGCAUUGAAAAGUCCAGAAACAAUGGAAUGGUUCCGAGAAGAGCUGCGAAUCUGCCGUGACUAUGCACCUUCAAAUAUCGUGAAUUGUCAUUUCUUCCUCACCGGAAUGAAGGUAGAUGACCAAGCUGGACGGGACAUUGUCCAAGAGAAGAUCUAUGGCAUGCUGCAAGGCAUCGACAAGCGCAACUCUGCGUACAUUCGCGCCGAAGCUGCUGGGAACCCAGACAUUGAAAAAGAACUUCGUCGGGAGAACGAAGACGGGAUAGCUGCUCUUCCCAAUGCAUACACAGCAGCUCAUGUAGCCAACACUCGCCAAUACUACCAGCCGGCAAUAGACCCUUACGCGUCGCCUGGAUCGAUGGGACAUGGCAAUCCAAACUUCGACUUUGGCUUUGGGGCAGCUCAAUCUGUGCCACAAAGGCCACCGCCGGCGCCUGCACCACGCUUUGCUUAUUACCAAGGGCGGGCGCGCGAUAACUGGCGUACUGACUACUUCCGUCCUAAUAUUCCUCAAAUCAUCAAUGAGUUUUCGAAGACCUUUGGCCGCCGUGCGUGCGUCUUUGUUUGUGGUCCACCCAGUAUGCGUGUUGAGGUUGCCAACAGUGUGGCAAAACUGCAGAUGCAGGUCAUGACAGACUCCUCGAAAGAUGAAAUCUUCUUACAUGCGGAGAACUAUAACAUCUAA